AUGGAAGGUAAGACAUGGUACGAGAGCUAUUCCAAGAACUCUUUCAAGGAGGGGUCCAUAAUCCAGUUCCUCCACAAGGACUCGAAGGAGCUGCGCUACGGCAUGGUUGACAAGGCGGUCAGCGAGUCCGAAGGCUUCGUGAAGAUCGCAGAUGGCACGUUCAUCUGGCUGACGGAGGCGAAUUCGAUCUGGGCUUUUGUGGCAGACGAAUAUCUGGAAGAAGCCAAAGCCAUCAUUGACGCCUCCAUCGACAUGUGGAGGAUAGCCAUGCUCCUGUCCACAGAGGGCGUGAAAGUGGCUCUCACUGCGACGACCGCAGACGGCCUGUUCGGCGCAUCCUCACUGGCUGCUGGGGGUCUCACAUGGGCUGGAGGUUUGGGUGUGGGUGCUGGCCUGGUGGUGGUGAUCGCAAGUGCCCCAUCCAUGCUGGCUGCCACCAGCCUCUACAAGCUCAGCAGCGCCAUGGAGAACGACUCCCUGACGCCUCAAGUGGUGGCGCUUGGAGGUGCUGGCGGCGUCCUCGCCGGGUCUACUGCCGGCCUCUUAAUGAUCUCCGAAUCCGGGACGAUUGCAGGGCUCUCGGCUUCGGGCGUUGUAAGUGGUUUGAGCACCCUUGGUGGUGGAAGCGUCAUGGGCAGCCUGGCAAUGGGUGCCGCGGUGGUCGGCAGUGUGGCUGCGCUGACGGCCGUCGGUGUCGGGGGCGUGGUGUGGCGGGUGUCGCGGGCCUAUGUGCAGGAUCGGUUGAUAAGCCAGAGGUCGACCAUGCUCGACCUUGCUGUGCAGUACAAGUUUGAAAACCGAUUGCAGCCCGAGCUUCCCGCGAGUGAUGCCCAGCCGAUUUCUACGGCGUCUUCAGAAGAAAGGCAGUGA